ACCCUAUUGGAGGAGUCGGACCCUUCUUUACCUCCGCUCCAUCGAGUCAUCUUGCAAAAGGCGCCAUACUGUAAGGUUAAAUCGGCACUAUUAAUACGAGAAACGAAUUUAAAAACGAUUUCGUUUAUCGGGAUUGCAAAAGCUAUUAAUUCACUUGGAUCAUUUUACUCGACUUUAAAAGAAGAUGAUCCAGAGACUCUUUCGAAUCUAUCGACUAUAAAUCAAAGACGUGUUCCAACUUCAAUUGAAGGAAAUUACAAAAAAGCAUUACAAUUAUGGAAAUCGAUUUACACACCUUUUGAUGAGAAACUUAUCCAGAAACUGUCCAGUUUUCAUCCUGAUUUACCAAUUCAUAUUUUACAUUCACAUUACGGAGCAUUAUUAUCAGAUCCAAUCAAUUCAAAUGGUCCGAUCGGAAGAAUUGGUACAAGUUUAAUUGCCGUUUCUACACUUCGAUCUGCAGGAAAGUUAGGUCCUCAAUUAACUUCUCAUGUUUUUGGAUUAAAGAAAUCACUUGAUGAAAUCAAACGUGGUGAGGUUGAUGGAAUUCAAGAACUUGGAACUGGUGUUGAAUGGUUGGUUUCUGAUCUUGGGGUUCAAUGGGUUAUUGAGUCGGUUGAUAAACUUUCAAAGAUUGUGGAGGUUAGUCAACUUGAAUUACAAGAAUUGGAAAAUCUACCUAAAUCUAAAUUAUAG